AUGACCCCAGCCUGCCUUCCCCCGCGGACUGCCCACAGCAGGGGCUCUGCUUUGCAGCUGGCUCUGAACGGUGCGCUUGCCAACACGACAAAGCUGACAGUAGGGAGGCCACGCCCAGAUUUCUUCUACCGCUGCUUCCCUGAUGGGCUAGCUCAUUCCGACUACUGCACAGGGGAUAAGCACGUGGUGCAUGAAGGCAGAAAGAGCUUCCCUAGUGGACAUUCUUCCUUUGCAUUUGCUGGUCUGGCCUUCGCUUCCUUCCGUGUGGCAGGGAUUACACCACAAGGCCCUGGGAAGUCUUGGAGGUUCUGUGCCUUUCUGUCACCUCUACUUCUUGCAGCUGUGACUGCACCGUCCCACACCUGUGACUGCAGGCAUCACUGGCAAGAUAAGCAAAGUAAUCAUGCCGUAGAAGCUUCCAUAUUUCACUCAUCAUUUUAUCCGAGCCCAGUACGAUUAAGGAAGACCCCACUUCGUCUCUCUGCAGAUGUACUGGCCGGUGUCUGCUGCCGGCAGCACCGCCCUCCUCUGACUGACGCGUUGUGCCACAGAGCGCUUCAGGACACACCUGCACUUCCCACUGCACACAGGCUGCCUGGUGAUUCGUGUUGCUUUGACAUUUAACGACUGAAUCCACCUCAGUGGAGAAUAGGUGAAUCAGCACUCUUAACGGGAACAUGCACAAGACAAGACACUCUGGCCUUUUUGACCCUCCCAGGGUACAAGUGGAGACACAGGCACACCGUGUUCUGCCCCCACAGGAGCGUGCGGGGCUCGCCCUGCUCCCGCGGGGCUCCCGAGGAGCCGGGUUCCUUCCUCUGCGCGUGCCGCCCGUCCUGGUAACGGAUCUCCAGCCGUCUUCUCACAGCUCAGGAGUCUGGCCCAUCAGAGUGGUGUCCCAAGAGCUACAGCACGUUUACACUUAAUUUAAAUGCCAUUCUUGGAAGGCUCUUGUCACAAAGAAGCCUUUACAUACGAUUUUAUCCUACAAGCUAGAGUUAUCAAAACUUAAUUUCCAUUUUCCAUAGCUCAAAAUCUUAAAAUCUUAUAGGGCAUGACCAACUAAGUGACUUUCCAUUUGGUUUACUUUGGGGACAAUUCCAUCAAGCCUUAAAUAGGAAAAUGUCCAAUAUGAGGUAAUUUAUCACUGUGAUACAUAUCUGAGUCCAGCCAUCUGGUACUGCUGUCCAUUUUGGACACUGUGGACAUAAACAAUAAAGAAGAAAAUGGUCAUCCCCAACCGAUGAUUGCUUCUACCUCACAUGUCCUUAACUGUGCUCUGAGCUUCUUUCCUUGCAUUCGGACUGAAUAUCUACCCAAACAUAUCAGCUGUGCCAAAUGACAGGCAGGAAAGAAAAAUUACAGAUACCAUUAUCUGAAGGACAAGUGAAUCUUUUUCUGUCCCUUCUUCACAACGGGAUAUAAAGAACAAUUCCGGAUGUCCUCAGAACUGAUGCUAUAGGACCUAGAGCUAGCUACCUUUCUCUUCAUGGUGAUUAGACUUUAAAUAUGGCCUUGUCUUAUGUAUAUCUUCCUAUGACAUAUUUUCAAUUUAUCUUUUUCCUUUAGUAAACCUGAGAUUCAAAUAAAAUGGUGAAAAUGUGGGGUUUUUUGUAUUAAAGUAUCAUUUAAAGGCUGGAACAUAAAGUAAAACAUUGGAUUCCCCAUCUGACAUAGUUCUGUUAUCCAUAGU